AUGCUUCGCCUUCCCUCGGCGAGUUACUGCAAACUGACGUAUAGGCAGAGUAGGAGAAGCAAGUUGGAGAGCGGUGAUGUGAUUCGACCCUUGCACACCCUCAGGAGGGAACUUCGCCAGCUUCAUCACCUGUUUGAGAGCUACAAGAGCCUCAUCAGGCGCAUCUGUAGACCUAGAUGCGUCGAUAGCCACAAGCAAUGUCCCUGUGCUGCCUCUGAGUCACCUGGCGGCUUAUCGGAUGAAGUCAAGAUAUCUUCGUCAGCAAGGGGUCGCUUCGAACGACUCGAGGAUCGGUUGCAGUUGUUGAUGCUGAACACAAUGCACGAGUACUUGGAUGAGCUGGAUGCUUUGUCAAACACGUACUUCAACCUGACGGCUCAAAAGGACUCCCAGGCCACCGCCCGUCUGAGCAGGAGCGCCACCCUCCUUGCUAAGCUGAGCGUUUUCUUUCUGCCCAUAAGUUUCAUGACUAGCUACUUCUCCGUUGAGAUACCAGGCCUUGUAGAACACUACACACCAAAGAUGUACUGGAUCUGCUUCGCUGUCAUUGCCGGCCUUUCUUUCGGCAGCCUAUUUUUCUUUGGCCGCAUGUUGGAGUUUGUCAUCAAUGUCCUUGAGGCGUGGACGGACUCUGUGACAAGCAGGUUUCUUGGAAUAUGGGAGCCCGGUGAAAAGAAUGACGAUUGA